AUGAAGGCAGAUCCAGAACUUUGCAAUUUACAAGUUUUGAAAACUGCUUCGUUCGAUGACAUGGGAUUAGUUCAUAUUCGUGGCAAAAUUGGUGAAACCUACGGCUUUCAACAUCGUGUUCGGAAGUACAAUAGUAAUGAUGAAUCGAGUGGACUAGGGUCGGUAUUUUGCUACUUAAGAAAAGAAGCAAAGGAAUCGAACACUGAAUUCACCGAUUGGGUGAAAGUAUGGCCAAUUUUAUCUGGUGAAUAUCUACAGGAUACCAAAGAACGUAUUAAAAUGGAGACACGGUGCUCAUUUUUACUUGGAAGAGACGCUGCUACAAGAUUCCAAAAUGAUUCACCCGAAGCAAUAGCUGCAAUUGACGAUUUCGUUAAACGAAUGAAUCUGAAGAAAAAAUCCGGUUACGUAAAACCGAAAACAAGCCCGUAUGGAUGGCGAGCAACUUGUCCUGAAUGUAAAGAAGUUUAUUGUGUCACAAAAGUAAAUAAAAAAAAACAGAUCAUUUGGUUCCACCACGGUGCAAGAACGUAA